AUGGACAAAGACAGCCGCAUCGUCAUCAUCGGCGCCGGCGUAUUCGGCCUAUCGACAGCCCACCAGCUCGCCUCGGAAGGAUACCGAAACGUCGUCGUUCUCGACCGACACAUUCCCCCAGUCUCAGAUGGCUCAAGCUCCGACAUCUCCCGGGUCAUCCGCUUCGACUACGCCGACGACGACUACCUCCGCAUCUCCCACGCCGCAUACCUCAAAUGGCAACAGCCCAAAUACCAGGGCAUUUUCUUCCCGGCCCCAUUCAUGCUAACAGGCAGCUCCAGCCCGCACGGACAAGCCUGGAUCAAGAAAACCACCGAAGCGCUGACCCGCUCCCAGCUCCCCUGGACCAAGGUAGAUGACGCCGCCGAAGCGAAGCGCGUAUACCCCGUGUUGAGCGGAGAGCUGGCGGCGCCUCCGUUCGCGGGCUACCACCAUAGAAAUGCGGGGUGGGCGGACGCCAACAAAGCGAUUCUCCUACUUCGCGACGACUGUCUUGAGCUAGGCGUCUCGUUCAUCUGUGGUCGGCGCGGGACGGUGGUUGAAUUGGAUACUGAUCCCGACCACAAGAAUACCAUAACCGCCGCUCGAACCCUCAUCGGAAGCCCCAUAGCAGGCGACCAUUUCAUCCUCGCCGCCGGCGCAUGGGCCUCUAGUCUCGUCCCCAUGUAUAAUUCCACGUUGUCCACGGCCCAGGUAGUCGGGUAUAUGCGUCUCACUCCCGACGAAGUACGCCGGUACCGCGACCUUCCGAUCUACGCGAAUUUCUCGACCGGGUGGUUCAAUUUCCCCCCGCAUGAGGAGACCGCGAUGCUGAAGAUGGCUGUCCACGGGUGGGGUUACACUCGCGUCCCCGGCGAGGGGGAGUCCCUGGCCGUCACGUCGAAUGUCUCCGCCCCGCCGCUGAUUCCGCCCCGUGAGCGUCGCAAUUUCGUCCCCUCGGAUGGAGAGGAUCGCCUCAGAGACGGAUUGCGUGAGAUUUUGCCUGAGUUGGCGGAUCGUCCGUUUGACAGGCUCGCGCUGUGUUGGUAUACGGAUACGCCCACCGGGGACUUUGUUAUGGAUUAUCAUCCGGAUUUUGCCAAUUUGUUUGUUGGGGGGGCGGGCAGUGGACAUGGUUUUAAAUUUUUGCCUGUGCUGGGAGAAUACAUGUCUCUUGCGAUCAAACGGGGUCUGGUGCAGCAUUUGGCGGAGAAAUGGCGCUUCCGGAAAGAUUACGCAGACAGGAAGGAUGUGUUUCUGGGGGAUGGGAGUCGUGGGGGCCCUGCUAGACGGGAGUUGAAUGCGAGGGAGAGAGCGAGACUGUGAGCUCGGAUAGGUAGUGUUUACUUCGUGUUUGGUUG